CAACAACCAUUUUACCAAAUGAGUUGUCUGUGCAGUCCUGCAUACAAACCCAGGCUUUUUAUAAAGGAAGAAUUAUUUGGAGUUUAAGGAAGCAAAACAAAAAUAAAUAAAAUUGCAAAGCUUCCUCUCCAACGACUCUCCUAAGACCCCAUCCCAAAAAAAGGUGGACCAGCAGAAGUGGGAGGAGCAGCUGGGGCACAGGAAAAGCUGGGGGUUCUGGUAGAAGAGGUGUGGGGGUCUUGAAGGAAACUUGGACUGAGAAUUUGCGGGAGUCCCAAAUCAGGCAAAGGGGCGCGGGGCGCCAGCAGGGAGCGCUCGCAACCGCCGCGGCUCCCGCCUAGUCCCGGGCCGUCGCAGAGCCGGUCCUAGAAGAGGGGCAGGCAGUCUGGGAAGUCAGAGCUCUCCCAGCUAGACCAGCCUCCCGCCCUUUGAACAGUCCCCUCCCCUAGCAGAGUUCAACCCAACCCCCUGGCCUGAACUAUGCAGAAAGCGGGACGGCUGUUAGGUGGUUGGACUCAAGCGUGGAUGUCGGUGAGGAUGGCCAGUUCCGGGUUGACUCGUCGAAACCCUCUCUCCAAUAAGGUGGCCCUGGUCACAGCCUCCACCGACGGGAUCGGCUUUGCCAUCGCCCGGCGCCUGGCUGAAGAUGGGGCCCACGUGGUCGUCAGCAGCCGCAAACAGCAGAAUGUGGACCGUGCAGUGGCCACACUACAGGGAGAGGGCCUGAGUGUGACUGGCAUCGUGUGCCACGUGGGGAAGGCAGAGGAUCGAGAAAAGCUGAUAACCACGGCUCUGAAGCGUCACCAGGGGAUUGAUAUCCUGGUCUCCAAUGCUGCUGUCAACCCUUUCUUUGGAAAUCUAAUGGAUGUCACAGAGGAGGUGUGGGACAAGAGGCGGCUCAGUGGUGAUUGUGGGUUCUGUAGCAGGCUUCACUCGGUUCCCUUUGUGGGAGGAGAAAGCAAGAGAGGACUUCAUAAAAGAAGCCAUGCAAAUCAGAAGGCUAGGCAAGCCAGAGGAUUGUGCUGGCAUAGUUUCCUUCUUAUGCUCUGAAGACGCCAGUUACAUCAAUGGAGAGACCGUAGUAGUGGGGGGAGGAACCCCUUCUCGCCUCUGAGGACCCAGAAACAGCCUACCAGGGCAGGUGUGUGGGGCGGGCUCAGUCCACCUUGCCUCUGUCGCCCUUCGUUGCCACCACCUAACAUCUUGUUCACCUCACAAAAUCAGUUCUGCCCAGUGAUAAGUUCCUGCUUUCCCUGUGGUCGAAGUGUGGUCAGAUGAGCAUCCUUGCUGUUGCUAUGGCCUUGAAAACGGCUUUGGGGAGGGGGCGGGAAGCUGGGGGAUAGGUAGUGGGAAAAGGGCUUGCUGAGAAGACUGUGGCUACUUUAGUGAAGAUCAAAUCCCUCUCAUCCUCGCCUCUGGACACUUUGAGGAGAGAUAGAAGGGACAGACCUGAACAGAGAUAGAAAUUAACAAUUUACGUAUAAGGUACAAAUAAAAUGAAGAUGAUCGCGUUGCUCUGAA